AUGUCGGGUCAGCAUACCAAGGACCAGAGGGUCAAGCAAGAAUCAAUCCCAGCCAAGCUGAUUCAUGGGCAACCCAACCCCCACGAGUCGGCCAAUGAGAAGAAACAGUACGUGAGCCCAAUCGACCUUGGCGACGACCGCCACAAGCACCAGCUCGGCCACUACCUCACCGCCCUGGACCAACGCUCCCUCUCCGGCGGUUCUGGCGGGGAACAAAUCCCGAAGAUCAUUAGGGACGCGAAGGACUGGCAUUCGUUUGUCAGCUUUGAGUCCCAGCCGAGCACCCACCAGAGCCAUCCGCCGUCCAUGAAGGCCCCCCCCUCGCUCGACGAGCCAGCGGCGGCUGCAGUCGUGGUUGGCCCCGCGAACCUCGCCGCCAGUCCCGCCGUUGUCCCUGAACCCAUCUCGACCUUGCCCCAGACAACAACGGAAGGCCGGCCGGUCCAACACAAGCGCCACAAAUUAACGUUUGAGGACUUCGAGAUCAUGCGCGUGCUUGGAAAGGGAUGCGCGGGGAAGGUGCUCAUAGUCUGCUACCUCAGGCCCGCGGGGAACAGCCAUCCUAACCAGCCAUGA